UUAUCGAACUGAGCAGACCCCAUUUGAUCGAUCAAGCAGGGUCUGUUGUCGUUUAGCCAUGAGCCUGUGAGCUCUCCCAGCCACAACCACAGAGUGACCAAAACUGGAGAGAUUGGAAGGCUGAGUGAAAGAUGAGUGAGAAGAAGAAUAAAAAGAAGCCAAAGGCUGUAAUACUAGGAGGAAGCAUAGCGGGGGUAUCAUGUGCACACGCCCUCAUUUUAGCAGGAUGGGAUAUUGUGGUGCUUGAGAAAUCGAACGCACCUCCUAAGGGCAGCCCAACUGGUGCUGGACUCGGAAUCGACCCUUUGGCUCAGCAAAUCAUCCAGUCUUGGCUUCCUCAACCUGAGCUUCUCCAAGAGGCCACCUUGCCUCUCACAAUUGAUCAGAAUAUAGUCACCGGCGGAGAUAAAUCCACUAGGAUAUUGACAAGAGAUGAGAACUUCAAUUUUGGAGCUGCACAUUGGGCUGAUCUUCAUAGCCUUCUGUAUGAUGCUUUACCACCGGAAAUAUUUUUGUGGGGUCAUGUGUACCUUUCUUUUUGCAUUUCUGAAGACCAAACCUCUGUUAACGUUAAAGCUAAAUCUCUUCAAACCAAUGAGAUCAUAGAGAUAAAUGGGGAUUUGCUCAUUGCAGCAGAUGGGUGCCUUUCUUCAAUUCGCAGGACUUUUCUUCCUGACAUCAAGUUGAGAUAUUCAGGUUAUUGUGCUUGGAGAGGGGUUCUUGAUUUUUCGGGAACGGAGAGUUCAGAAACUAUUAUUGGUAUUAGAAGGCUGUAUCCUGACCUUGGUAACUGCUUAUACUUUCACCUUGACAGUGGAACUCACAGCGUGCUUUAUGAACUUCCCAAGAAAAAGCUCAACUGGAUUUGGUAUGUCCAUCAGCCAGAGCCUGAAGUGAAGGGAAAUUCAGUUACCAUGAAAGUGAGCAGUGAUAUGAUAAAUAAUAUGUACCAAGAAGCAGAGAAGGUUUGGCUUCCUGAGCUUGUACAAGUUAUGAAAGAGACAGAGGAACCUUUCCUAAACUUUAUAUAUGAUUGUGAUCCUCUAGAACAAAUCUUUUGGGGCAAUGUGGUACUAAUCGGAGAUGCUGCACACCCUACAACUCCUCAUGGUCUGAGAAGCACAAAUAUGUCAAUUUUAGAUGCUGCAGUUUUAGGCAAAUGUCUUCAGAAGUGGGGACUGGAAAAUUUACCUUCCGCUCUUGAAGAAUAUCAGAGCGUUCGAGUACCAGUCAUCUCACAGCAAGUCCUACACUCUCGACGAUUGGGUCGAAUCAAACAAGGGUUAUAUCUUCCUGAUCGUGGGCCUUUUGAUCCAAACACUGCAAGUCCAGAGGAUGGCGAAGAGCUUCAACAGAAAAAUAUGCCUUUCUUUUCUGGUGCUCCAAUCUCGGCUGAUUGAUUAUGUGCUCCAUUUGAUCAAGAAAAUAGAGCGUGCUCACUUCAACCAGGAAAAUAAUUCCUCAGUCCUUUUAGCUUGGUAAAUCCAAAGCCAUAACCGUGCCAUUUAUAAUCUUGACAUCAUUUGAACUAAGGAAUCGCAUUCUUGUAUUAGUUUUGUAAUUCUGUAUAUUCAUUUGUGAUGAAAGUCUCUAAAAGGAACUCUAUGAAAAAGAAAAUGAUCCUCACAAAAGAGAUUUGUGACUUUAUCCUUAAUAAAUAAAAUUAGAUUGAAAUU